AUGGCAGCGGCUGGGGGCUCGGGGAGCAGCGGCGGCGGGAGCCCGGUGGCCGCAGGAGGUGAGAGUUGGGGGGCUGGGGAGGCGGUGCGGGGCGCCACAUCCCCCUCGCCUCAACGCCCCGUAACCUGCCGUGGGGCUGGGCUGCGGGAGGGCAGGCGGAUAAGGGGGGGCAGGAGUCCCUUUGAGGCCGGGUCUCUCUCUCUCUCUCUACGUGUAUCAUACAGACAGUUCGAUAUAUAGAUGCCUCUCCCGAUAAUACGAAUAUGUAUGUAUAUAUGAGAGAGACAUUGGUAUGUCUAUCGGGAGAGAGAGGCAUAUACUGGGCUAGCCAGAGAGAGAGAGAGAGAGAGCUAGCCCUAAUAUAUAUAUAUAUAUAUAUAUAUAUAUAUAUACACACACACAUAUACACACACACACAUAUACAUACAUACAUGCAUACAUGUAUAUAUAAUACACACACAUGGCUGCUGGUGAGCAACAAGGAAAGAAUGCUGUGCUGUCCUUCUCUGCAUCUGGUCGAGGGUGAAUUUUAGUGCACAGAGGAGGAGGAGUCUUUUAGCCAUUUCGAUUGGGAUCCUGGAAGUGUGAAUCCCCGUAGGAAAGUCUGUCCCCAUGUUACACUGCAAAUCCCCCCUUUAAAAGAGAGAGGGAGAGCUCAAAGAAAUAUUAAAGGGAAGCCUUAGGGGGCCAUGGUGAGCCAGCAGAAUGUAUUUCAUUACAAUUUUGGUAACAGUUUCUAGUGUGACGGAGGAUUUGUGAUCAGAAUGAAUAGGAAUCGCAAUAGCUACUAGCGAAAAGAAGGUCUGGAAGGCUGGCUUACCAGCUGGUAACUCUGAUGAUGUGUAAAAGUUCCGCCUUCAUUUUCAAAGGAAUUAUACCUCUGACUACCAGAUUUUGGGGAUAAACAUAGGAAGUCAUCAUCAUUGCUAUGCCUAUCCCCUGUGGGAGGUGGGUUGCUGAACAAAACCAGCCUUCAUUAUACUCCUUUAAGGCUGUUAUUCUUAACAGUUAGUUCUGCAGUCCUAUUAGGACGUCAUAGGUGACUCCAGGAACAGAGAUGGGGAAUGCCUGCACAGCUGUUUAUUGUAAUUAUUUCCAUAGCUUGUAUUAGGCUUCUUGCUGUUUGAUUUCUCUUUCAGGAAGCAGGUGAACACUUUUCUGUUCAUAGGAAUGUAGUUCAGCAAGCUGUGGCUGUGCCAUUUUUCUGUCCCCACUUCCUGCUAGGUCUGCGUGUGUCUCCCAUGGCAGGUGCAAGAUAUUGUUUGCUGAGCCAAGCAGAGCAGGAUGCCAGCUCUCUAGGAUCCGUUUUGUGCGUCAGAACAGUGGGGUGGAAAACCCUGACCUUUCGCAUGCCACUGGAGCUCUGAGACCUGGAUUAGUAGAUGUUAAACAUUGCAAGAGGGGUGGGAUUUUGCUCAGCCGGGAAGUUUAUCUAAAUACUCUAUGGUAGUAAUUCCAUUUGCCAGUUAAAUUGGAAAGAAACUUUAUGAUUCUCCGUUGAUGCCAGCAGCCAAGGUGAUCAGGUGAGCCUCCAGCAGCAGAUGGUGCAGGAAACAAUUAACUCUCAUAAAUGCAGGACUUGCCUUCAUCCUAAAAAUCUCUGGGCCCUUUAUUUUAAUUCACGUAUACUUUUUUCACUAUUUAUUUAUGUCCAACUUUACAAAGUACAUCAACUUCAGUACCAACAGUAAAGGUUUUAACAUCAACUAUACAACUUGAGAUCACUGUGUUACGUCAUCAUUUUUGUUAGUCAUCCCCUAACGCAUCUCAUUCUCUACCACCUUAGAUGCCUUAGGACAGGCACGUCCAACUCUCUAGAGGCUGCAAUCUACUCCCAGCAUAAAACAACUGGCAGCGAUCUACCCAUUUUCAUGGGGGGGGAUACCAAAGUUGUUGAGCUUUUUGUUGAGCUUUUUUAAGGGAAGGACAAAGUUGCUGAGCUUCUUUUUUGGGGGGGGGGGAGGAACAUGCACCACUAAAAAAUCGUGAUGCUAACAAGUAGAUGAAGCGAAAAAGACUAGUUUAUUAUCAGUAACAACCACCCAUUUCACAGACAAAACGAUGAUGGUGGGGGUGGAGACUUCCAACACAAUUCUUUUUACAGCCACCAAUCAAAAGUGAGCCCGUGAUCGACCGUGAUCAUUCUGUGAUCGACCUGUCGAUCGCGAUCAACCUGUUGGACAUUGCUGCCUUAGGACAUCAUUCUAUGGAUUUCCAUGAGUCUGGGGUGUCCUUAUACAUCCCUCUGUUUUGUUUAAAUGUUUGAUAAAGGAGUCCCCCCUGCACCCCUACCACAUAGAAAGCACCCACACUAAGUUCAUGUUUGCCAGUACCCGGCUUGUUUCAAACAAGGGCUUAGUGUGCCAAGACUUUAGUGCUCUUGUCAGCAACUAGUUGUAUGAGAGGAUCACUUUCUGAGGAGAUGGAGGCUGGUGGGCUAGGGCUUCCCUUUCCCCCAUCUCCCAAAGUGGGUUGUCGCCACAGGGUAGGCAACUGCAGUGGGGAGUCUGGAUGUAACCCUUGGGCUUCCAGUUACUCAUGCCUGCCUCUGUGGUCACUGGUGGACUCGGCCCUGGAGAACUCAGAUUGCUCUCAUUGUGUUGGGUUUUCCGUGUUCUUCCUUGGACAUCCCCAGCUUUGUUUUUGGAAGAGGUGGUGGUUCCCCAAACAUCAUCUCCCAUGUGUCUCCGUUGUUCAAGCCUUGGUUGUGGUAGUUGCUUAUCACAGCUUUCCGCUGCAGGGUGUAAUACUGAGCUGAUCCCUACUUUUCUUUUCCCAGGUAACAGACGGUUGAAGUACAUUAGCUUAGCUGUCUUGGUGGUUCAGAAUGCCUCUCUCAUCCUCAGUAUCCGCUAUGUGCGCACGCUGCCUGGGGACCGCUUCUUUGCCACUUCCGCUGUGGUUAUGGCUGAAAUCCUUAAGGGAGUCACCUGCCUGCUGCUCAUCUUCAUUCAGAAAAAAGGUGGGGACUACUGUGCCUCAGAAGAUGGAAACCUUGCAGCAAUCCUCCAUUCCCAGCGCAUUAGCCUGUGUUCUUGCUGGGUGGAUCAUUGAGCUUUUGCUUUGGUGAAGGCUAGUGGCUAGCUUGGAAAAAUUGAAUCUCUCUUGUUGUCAGUGAUUUAUUUUAUUUAAUUGUCCUUGCUCUGUCUUGCCUCUGGACUUGGCGCUCUAUGACCAUAAUGCUAUUGCUGUAAAUAUAAAUGCAUGAUAGUAUUUACACACACACACUCUCUCACUCUUAUUUUCCCCCCUCUAUCAAAAAACAAAAAUUCAACCAUCCACUUAAAUUAAUAGGCCUUAGAUUUGAAGUAAAAGGAAGUCAUUAGUCACACAUUGUAUAAUUAACCUACAGAAUUGAUAGCUCUAAGAUGCAGGGGUAGCCACUAGCAUCAGUUCCUUUAUAAAGAGAUUAGUUGGAAGAUCUCUGGCUAUUAUCUCACGCUGCCUGAGGGGAUUGUCAAUAAGGUGUUAGCUAUUGCUUUCGGGGUCCGCUUGUGAACUUCCCGGAAGCCUCUAUUGGUAGACAGAAUGUUGAGAUCAGAUGGGACGACCAGCUGUGUAAAUUCUUAUGCUCUAAUGCCUACUCCGUUUUGCACAUUGUUGUCUAGGGAUAGGUGCCCAGGCUGCUACCUGCCAAACUUGCACAGGCCCAUUCACUUCUAGGGAUUUCUACCAUCCAGCCCAUUAUAAACUUCAGCAGAUGCUUCUACCUUAGCCAAGGCCUUGGGAAAGUAGUACUUUGUACUCUUCCCCCCGCCAGGUGAAUAGUAGCACUAGGCUCGUAGAAGAAGAAGAGUUUGGAUUUGAUACCCUGCCUUUCACUCCCCUUCAGGAGUCUCAAAGCGGCUAACAUUCUCCUUUCCCUUCCUCCCCCACAACAAACACUCUGUGAGGUGAGUGGGGCUGAGAGACUUCAGAGAAGUGUGACUUGCCCAAGGUCACCCAGCAGCUGCAUGUGGAGGAGCGGAGACACGAACCCGGUUCCCCAGAUUACGAGACUACCGCUCUUAACCACUACACCACACUGGCUCUCAUAACUGUGUGCUCACCAUGAGGCAGGUGCAUGGAAUGCCAACGCCUCUGUUGCUGUUCAGACUAGAAAGUAAAGGAUUCCUUUUGUAUGUUGACUCACAUAAGAGAGAGCUUGGUGGGCGCUCUGCCGAGCCAUCAUUACAGCCUCUUCCAUCCCUUGUCAGUUACAAAUAAUGAACCUUGUUAAAAACAACAACAUUUAUUUCCAACCAAGACAGUGGUCUCUUUGUCUGUCUCUCCUUUCCCAGGUAACCUGAAACAGUUUGCUGCUUCCUUGUAUGACUCGAUUGUGGUGCAGUAUAUGGACACACUCAAACUCGCAGUGCCUUCUCUCAUUUACACCCUCCAAAACAACCUCCAAUAUGUGGCCAUCUCCAACCUGCCUGCAGCCACCUUCCAGGUGAGACACCAGCUCUGGGACCCAAGUCUUAGGUCCUCCCUUGCAGGUUAUUCCGAAGAGGGUGCUGUACUCACUUUCAUUCACCCGCUUUAUAUAGAUAUGCACAUCCUGUUCCUCCCACCUCCGCAAUGUUGAAUGAAGCCAUGAGGGGUGGGUAUCCUGAGAUGUGUUACAAUAAUUCCUUAGAGCUCCUGCAGCAGGUCUUAGUGAAGUCAUGUGGAGGCAUCCAGAAAUGUCCGCUGCUGUGUGGGACCACACCUAUAGUUUUAUUUUCCAAGCCUUGGUUAAUAGUACACCCCUAUCCUUACAGUGAGAGCCAUAGACAGCUGUUCAUUGACAGUUAUUCUAUUCUCUGGUGGACAGAGGAACCCUGCAUAUUCUGUGCGCAGAAAAGCAGGAUUAUUUCAUCUGGUUAAAUUAUGCCAAUUAACCAAUUCAGCAGUUUUCUAAAUGUGGGAAAUUAUUCAUUAAAAAAACAAAACUAUUUUGUAUAAUUCUGAUUCUGUUAGGGGAAAGAGCAAACUGUACUUCUGGGUUCUUAGAACUUAGCAGGUAUCGGCCAUUAUUAUUCUCAUUGUUCCCACAGUCGUAAAGGCUUGUAUUUAUGCGCUCUGUCUCUACUUCCAUGGAAUUGCGGUAUGCACACUCCUGGGUAUGUGAUUCUGAGCCUCUACCACUUCAUUGGCUUUCAGGGGUUAAAGUGAGUUCAUUGUGAACUGGUUAAACCAAUGCCACACCAUUUGAGACCUUAGCUGAAUUUGUUAUGUGGAGAACAGGGUAUGAUCUGAAACGGAAUCGGGGUACUAAACUGCAGUACUGCAUUGGAGGCCGUUGUCUGUUUUAGUAACAAUGUGAACCUAUCUAGAGAGUAGGGGUUGGGCCUUUGCUGUUGGUCCCACCCUGGCUGGACGUUCUCCUAUCGCACGGCAUGUUGGGAUGCCUACUAAACUGCACUGCCUUUCUCAGGUCACCUACCAACUGAAGAUCCUCACCACAGCUGUCUUCUCUGUGCUGAUGCUCCGCAAGAGCCUGUCCCGUCUCCAGUGGCUGUCCCUUGUGCUCCUUUUUGUCGGUGUGGCCAUUGUCCAAGUGGAGCAGCAGCAGGCAGGGGGCAGAUCACCCCCUGGAGGCCAGGGAAUGCAACAGAACUACAUGGUGGGGCUUGUGGCCGUGGUGGUAUCAUGCCUGUCAUCUGGCUUUGCCGGAGUCUAUUUUGAAAAGAUCCUCAAGGGCAGCGCAGCCUCCGUCUGGCUACGUAACGUCCAACUAGGCAUCUUCGGAACCUUGCUGGGGCUGUUGGGGCUGUGGUCCACGGAGGGGGCAGCCGUGGCUGAGCGUGGAUUCUUCUUUGGCUACACCCCGCUUGUGUGGGGAGUGAUCCUGAACCAAGCUUUUGGCGGCCUGCUGGUGGCUGUGGUGGUGAAAUAUGCUGACAACAUCCUCAAGGGCUUUGCCACCUCCUUCUCCAUCGUAGUGUCCACAGUGGCUUCCAUCUACCUCUUUGACUUCCACCUCAACCUGCUCUUUGCUCUAGGAGCAGGGCUGGUCAUAGGGGCUGUCUAUCUAUACAGCUUGCCCAAGGGACCUUUGGCCAGCCGCUCCUUAGCGGGGACAGCUACAGAGGAUCAGGGCCACACAGCACAGAGCAAGGAACUUCCUUCUGUGACUACAGAUGGCUUCCUGUCCAAGUCAGUGUUGGUCAAUUGAGAAGAAAAGAGCACAUCCUCCAUACCUGUUUUUGGUUUCUUGUGAAGUUUCCACAGCACUUGUCCUCCCCCUUCAAUUUAAACCUAUCCCGCCUCUGAUUCUCUCCUGCCUCGUGCUCAUCUCUUCUUCUGCCCCCCCUAACUUUGUGCUGACCACUCACCCACUCUCUUCCACGCCGCCCCCAUCCCACUUCUUCCAUUGCCAACUCAACUUCUCCAGCUUCUCCCCGACUCUUAAAUGUUAUGUCUGUUUCUCCACUAUGCCUGUCUGGGGACAAUCCCUGCCCCACCAACAGAAGCAGCUGAAGGGCAAAAGCUGCUUUGGAAUCACCUGGGUCCUUUGCCUUGAGACCCACAAAACUCCCUCUUGUUUGGUCAGCAGGGAGCAAAUUCACAAAGAGGUGUAUUUUUGUAUGAACACACUGAACGAAGGAUCCCAUACAGCCACUGAAGGGGAUGUGUAUGUUGCUGUGGAGAUCACGUGCUGUGCAUAAGCAGAGAAGGGUGGAAGGAGACCUCAUCUGCCAUUGUGGAGCAUACAAAUGUUUUGAGUUAUUUUGGGUUUUUUAGUGUCGUUUUUAAAAACGCCACCUUUGAAGUGGUAGGAUUUUGCUUGCUUACCACUGGCCACUGGGAAUCUGUUAAGUUAAUCUACUGUAGUAGAUGAAAAUUAAAUGAGAAGCGUUCUGAGUGUGUGUGCUUGUGGGAGGGGGAGAGUGGCAGAAUUUGUAUGUUUGUGAAGUGAAAAGAAUUGAGAGGAGAGGAGAACCAGACGGGGAAGUUGGUAGUGAGGGAGGGGGCUGCUAGGAGCCCUGGUUCUCUCCUUUCUCUGGCUCUGGGUGGAUAGUUGGAACUACUGGAUCAUAGCAGGAUUGGAGCUGGGUUCUAGGCAACCUUAAUUAUUUCCUGCCCUCAGCAUGUAUUUAGUGUCUAUAGUCUUUGAGGAUCACUGGGUAAAUGGAGGGGGAGCAUGAAUCACUAGUUACUAAUGAAGAUUUUCCUGUGGAAGACACUGCAGAACUAAACUGCCAUCUGCUUGUCUCAUUUAAUGCUUGAAAUAGCAGCAGUUGUGGGGGGUGAUGGGACAGGGAUGUCCCUUGUUGACAGUGCACAGAGGACUGACUUGCACAGAUGGGAGGUGGGAAAUCUUCAUAAACACUUGCCUUAUGCUGUGGCUCAAUGGAGGUACCUGGGAACCCAAGACUUGAACGCCAGAUACUCUGGAAUCGAAUGGCUGCCACUAGGGGUAGGGCAGAAAGCUGAAAAUCAGCACCAUUCAGAUUCUUUCAUACCCUACAGCGUAGAACAUUGGGUGGGUCUAAAUUGCAACCAGGAUUCCUCGCUAGCUCGGCAGCCUGCACAGUGGAAGGCCCACUGACUGUAGUGCAGCCAUGCAUUUGAGGGCUGCUAGUUUUACGGUUCCAGGCAAGCAGCCAAAGCAGAUCGUAGAUCCCCUCAUGAGCUGCCAUACGUGCUUGGUGGGCUGUGCUCAGCUUGGUGGAUCACAGAGUUGUGCAAACUGGAGCCUGAAGGGUUAAGCCAUGGAGGAGCAGGCACUGGGGUGGUGGCAGCUGUGUCCAUUUUGGUGCCUCACUUUUCCCAGCUCUGCUCAUGGAGGGUUGGUGGGAGAGCAGCUGCCUUUUUAAGAAUCCUUACGCAUUCUGUUCCUGCUGGAGCGAUGUUUCGUGGAGAUCACUAAACCUAGAAAGGGUUUUUUGGCGUCAGGCGUAUCAGUCAGGUUUUGUGUUGGGGUGGGAAGAUAAUCAAAAGUAACAUGGUAUGUGUAUAUAUAUAUAAGGUUUUUAGAUUGCUGAUCAUUUUCUAUGAAUCCUGCUUUUUUUACAGAAAAAAAGCCUGUACCGUUUGCCAAUGUACAUGAACCACAGAUGAAUAAAGAGAGUGUAUUUAUUUAGCCGUAUUGCUUAAUGAUUGAGGAAGCCUCGGAAAGGGCAGACCUUUGCCUCACUCACUGCAUGUCUAACCCUAUUAACACUGGAAGGCGCUUGGGGUGGUAUUUGGGGCGGGGGGGGAGGACCUUCAUCGGAUUGGGGCUCUGGAGAACAACCCUUUUUCAGUGCAGGGAUUUAGCCUUGGAACACAGAAAGUAAUAAAAGCUGUUUGGGUUCGUGAUGCUUUCCCCUGGGUUUAGGAAGAAAUAGGGGUCUGCCUGCUGAUUAAAUGGAUUCAUGGUUGCUCAAUUAAAGCUAAAUAUACAGUGGUACCUCAGGUUACAUACACUUCAGGUUACAGACUCCGCUAACCCAGAAAUAGUACCUCGGGUUAAGAACUUUGCUUCAGGAUGAGAACAGAAAUCACGCGGCAGUGGUGCGGUGGCAGCAGGAGGCCCCAUUAGCCAAAGUGGUGCUUCAGGUUAAGAACAGUUUCAGGUUAAGAAUGGACCUCCGGAACAAAUUAAGUACUUAACCCGAGGUACCACUGUAGUUGCAUUCUUAAUAAAUAGCUCUGGAAGAGGACAUCAUUUUCAUUUUAGAUGAUGCAUGCACAUAUCUCAGUAGACCUCAUCUUAAAAGAGACCUUUCCUCCUGUGUUUAAGAAGAAAUUGGGAGAUACCUCUUCUAAUCUGGGACCCUCUAAUCUGGCCCUAUUAAGUAGUUAGGUUUUCUAAAUUAAAAAAUCUGCCUGAUAAAUUUGGAACACCCCUUUAAACAAAUGUUUCUAAUUGGCUAAAUAUUUCAGUGCUCGGGAUCUGACAUUUUAUUUAGUAAAAUCUAGGGACACAACAUGAUAGAUUACAGCCAUAAGGUAGUGCCAUAUCUCUGUGUCUGAGUUUGGCUUAGUUUGCGCAAAUAGCAGAGCUGUACCCAGUCCCAGAAAUAGGCUGCACAUGAACUACUUGCAUAGCCUACAGUCACCCCUUUUUAUCUGGGAGAGGCCCUGGUUUCUGGUACCUGUCCUUGCUAAAGGACAGGAGAGAGAUUUUAGGCAUGUCUUUUGAAAAUAUGUAUAUAAAUAUGAAAUACUAGUCUUCAGAUUUCAGUCCUCCUCACUUCUCUAGAAAUUCACUCUCUGGGAUGCAUCUUGAUGCUCCUACAACACACAUCUCAUUGCCGAAAGGGCCAGAGCACGUGGCUGGCAUGCAGACAGUCCCAGCACCAAUGCCAUUCCCAGGCAGGACUGGGCAAGACCCUUGCCUCACUGAGCAAGAAGCCGCAUUGGCCUAACUUGGUAUGAGGCAUUUUUCUAUGUUCCUCAUAGAACAAGAGCCUAAGAGCUUUGCAGGAUCAUGCCAAAGGCCAAUCUAGUCCAACCUUCUGUUUUGGUGGUGGCCAACCAGAAGCUCAUGGGAAGCAGGACUUUGGUGCUGUGGUGCUGCUUCUAUUUGCUCUGUAACCUCCUCAGAUAGUAAAUCAGGAAUGGAGAACCAGCAUGUUUCUCUAAAGCUUCUCCCACCUGCCUGACUCCUGGUGGCAAAGGACAUGGCUCCUUGCCAGAAGUUGGGUUGGCCGUUCCUGCCAAAAUCAAGGGAUCUGCAUCAUAUCUGGUUUGAUCUUAAGCUGUACAGGUGCCAGGUGAUAAUCUGACAAGUGGACAGCCCCACAGGAACACCCCCUCCAAUUAAGGGGCAAGUUAUUUUGACACCUGAGACAGAAAACUGCCCUCUGUAGCAGUUGAAUAUACAGUGGUGAUAAAUCACAACAUGCAGUGCUGUAGCUACUGGGGAACUUUUUUUUUUUGUCCUGGGUGAAGCCUCCAGAGCAGUGAUUCUCAACCUUGGGUCCCCAGAUGUUUUUGGCCUACAACUCCCAUGAUCCCUAGCUCACAGACCAGUGGUCAGGGAUGAUGGGAGUUGUAGGCCAAAAACAUCUGGGGACCCAAGGUUGAGAAAGGCUGCUCCACUGAGGUUCUCAGCCUGUGCCUGGGGGUGCCAAACUGUGUCUUUGACCUGGGUGAGAUCAUGCCUAGUUUCGCCCCUGCUUUCAUGACACCUGAAACCAGCGGCCUAACUCUGCUCAGCAGUAGUGCCAGCCCUGUGCACUGAAGCUGGAAUGAGUGCUCUGCUGAAGUGAAGGACAUGAGGCAGGAGUUGGUAAUGCAGGUGAGCUGUGCACAAGCAAGCUGCCAGCUAGCUCUGUUGAGGCUCCUUUUAUUGGCACAAUAUGCAAAACCAGGCAGAUACAUUUUGGACUAUGACCUUUACACAUCUUCCAAUCCUGAGAUCGAGGGGUGGUACAAAGUUAUUUUGGCGCCUGUUUCCACCGCGUCAUUUUCCCCUUGCACAAUGUAUGACGAAGGAGACAAAGGUCACAGACAGGGCAUAGCAGACUACUAAGAGAACAAAAGGUUAGAUAGAUCGCUGCUCCACACCCAGCGAUCAUUCCUACACUUUGCUAAGCCCCGCCUGCUUCCCAGCUAACGAAGUGGAUAAGGUCAGCCUACUAACACAUCCCAUGGAGUAAGCAGCUGCAGGAUAGGGCAUGGUACGUAAAAGGACCCAACCAGGUGGAGGAGGAGCUUGAGCAAUGUUUAAGUGGGGCGGGGUUUGGUGAGGUAGAGAAGGCGAGGUUUCUGGGUGUCAGAACAUAGCUGAGCUAUAGUAAUUUAUUAUUUAUACCCCGCCCAUCUGGUUGGGCUUCCCCAGGCGCUCUGGGCAGCUUCCAACCAAAUAUUAAAAUACAGUACUACAUCAAACAUUAAAGGUUUCCCUAAACAGGGCUGCCUUCAGAUGUCUUCUAAAAGUUUGGUAGUUGUUCUCUUUGACAUCUGGUGGGAGGGCAUUCCACAGGGCGGGUGCCACUACCAAGAAGGCCCUCUGCCUGGUUCUCUGUAACUUGGCUUCUUGCAGUGAGGGAACCGCCAGAAGGCCCUCAGUGCUGGACCUCAGUGUCCAGGUAGAGCGAUGGGGGUGGAGACGCUCCUUCAGAUAUACUGGACCGAGGCUGUUUAGGGCUUUAAAGGUCAGCACCAACACUUUGAAUUGUGCCUGGAAACGUACUGGGAGCCAAUGUAGGUCUUUCAAGACCGGUGUUAUGUGGUCUCGGCGGCCGCUCCCAGUCACCAGUCUAGCUGCCGCAUUCUGGAUUAGUUGUAGCUACAAGGAACGUCCCUGGAAAAGGCUGGCCAGGAUGUUAUUAGAGGGAACCCAACCCAGAGAUCACAGGGUAGUGGGUCGGAAGGCUCUGGUCCCUUCACCAGAGGGCACAAACCCUCAGGGCUGAAUGCAAAAGGCACCCGGGACUCAUCAUGCAAUUUCACCCAUCAUGUGCCAUUUCAGACUGCAAGUUGGGGAGUCGUGUGGCUGAACGUUCCUCCCUGCACGCAGAAAACAAAAUGACAGAGAGAGUUGGUAGCCUAGUCUUCCCCCAGCUUAGCAGAAGAGUGCAUGCACACAUAAGAGCCUGGUAUCAGUCCCUGUAUUCUAGAGACAGAUUAAUAAAACUGCUAGCACAUUUGCAAAGCUAAGCAGGGUCCAGCGUGGUUUCAAAUGGGAUGGGAGACUGCCUGUUGAGAUUACUGCUUUGGGGGGUUGCCAAAGUUGACCCUUGGGGUCCCUUUCAAUUCUGUGUUUCUAUUCUAAGUAGGGCUGAGAACCUGGUGGGAGACUGGGGGAGAGAGCCAGUUCCAGCCACAGCAGACAAGACUUGGAUGGUCUGACUGUAGAAAGCAACUCCUGCUGUUCCAAGUUUUGCAUGUGAAGGGACUUUAAAAAAAGAAAUAAUUGAUUGCAAUGAGUCAAUCUCUCUCUCUUAGUAACAUUGGGAAUAUUUAUUCUACCUGCCGAAUAUAUAUAUAUUUUAAAGAUAUUUAGCUCUGGGGCACCUCACAAUCUCAAAGGAAAAUGAACCACCAUCUAAAAACAAUAAAUUGGCUACAAACCAGAGGUAGGUGUCUAUAUACCACCAUGGCUCUGACUUUCACUUGCAGGAGAACAGUUGCAGCUGAAGAGCGCUGGGAAGCCCAUGUCCUCUUCAUGGGCUUUCCAGAGGCAUCUUAUUGGCUGCUGAGGGAAGGGAGAUGAUGGACCAGAUAAGCUUUGGCCUGAUCCUUGGAGAUGCUGUUCUUAGAAAUUACGGCUACUGCCUUGUCUGCUGUUUGUGUGGCCUAAGCCUUUGUGUGAUUUGCUCUAUGGAUCUCAGUUCACUUUGACACUAAACUUUAAACGCAGUGUAAACAGGAGUGAGUUGGAUUAAUUAUCUGACUUGGUAUAAGGCAAUUUCCUACAUUCCUAUGAGUGCGGAAUUUGAAAUAUCCUAGUUUGGGUGUGGGUGUGUAUGUUUGAUUGAUUGAUUGAUUGAUUGAUUGAUUGCAGAGUAUACACAGCUCCCUCCCAAGGCCUAGAAAUGGUUUGCUGCAGUAAAAAAUAGCUACCGAUGUUUCCCAGUGCUCAUGGCUGUGUCCGUCCUGUCAGUUUCUGUAACUGCAGUGUGCAAGUGCAGAAAUGGUUGGAUGCAGAAUCCAGUGUCCUAAGAACUGCAGCUGUCUCCUUUUUAAAGGAAGGUUUUAGUCUUUGGAACCUCCAAAGAACAUGGGCAUGUGAAAUUAGAAGCGGAAGGGAAUGCAUUAUGCAAAAAUUGCACAUUUUGUUCAACUGGCAUUUUAGUUUAGUACAGUAUAUCUAAUCUGUCUCUGCUUUAAAAACACACGCGGUGCCUUUAACAACUUAAUUUAAACUUAAAUUGCAUAACUUAUACAGGUUGCAAUGGGUUUGUUUGUUUGUUUCAGUAGAGAGUAUUCAGAACCGCCCACUUCCCUUAUCAACCCUUCCUGCCUUCCCUGUUGUUUUCUUUCCUGGAUUGCAUAAUCUAUGGCUCAGCAUCUUUCACUGCUAAGAUGGAGGUGAAAGAAUUUCGGAGGAAGUUGCAUUUGUGGCACAGAUCAGAGCUGGACAGGUUUCAGGCUGGUGAUAUGUUCAGUACUUUGGUUUUUUAUUACUAGAACCUUGAGGUCUUAUCAAGCAGAGCCAAGUGCAAUAUUGUGGCUCAUGGGCAGGCAGGCAUACAUGUGAGUGAAGGAACAGGGUACUUCUGAGCACAUGCAAAGCCUGGGAAUUUGGUGAGCACAAUACUAAGCACACAAGUCCUUUCACAUACCCCCCAAAGCCCCUAUCACACACACACACCCCUGAAAUAAUUUUUGGGGGGCUUUUUUCCCCUUGAUGCCAUAGAACAGGAUUAACCAGGGGCGAAAACUCCAGCCCUGGCUAUGGUAGACCUGCUCAGUGCUUUGAUCGGAUGCAUUUUAAUGUCACCAAGCAAUGUCACCACAUAUUGUCAGCCCUAUCCUUUUUAAAUGAAAGCUGCAAUGCUGAGAGUGCUGAAUUCUGCACUCAGUGUCAACAUACCCUCCAACAACGUCCUAUUCAAUUAUCAUAAUCAUUAUUAUGAAUGAGUUGCCCCAGCCACUCUAGGCAGCUUCCAACAUAUAUAAAAACAUAAUAAAGCAUUAAACAUUUUUAAAAAACCAAAAACUUCCCUUUACAGGGCUGGCUUCAGAUAUCUUCUAAAGGUUGUAUAGUUACUUAUCUCCUUGGCUCAAGGGCCAAUGAAAAUAGGGACGUCCUAAGGAAAAGCAGGAAAUAAGUAGCUAUCUUAUCUUUAAAAGACAUUUGAAGGCAGCCCUGUUUAGGGAAGUUUUUAAUAUUUAACGCUGUAUUGUUUUUAACACUCGACUGGGAGCCGCCCAGAGUGGCUGGGAAAACCCAGCCAGAUGGGCAGGGUAUAAAUAAAUUAUUAUUAUUAUUAUUAUUAUUAUUCCAUGGUAAAUCAGAAACCCAGAUAGCUUCUGUAAAUCUGGAACGGUCCAGAAAUAGGGACACUUGGAAGGUCUGUGUCAGCCUUUACGAUUAUAGAACAACAUGUAGCUCAGAGUCUGUUUUGGUUUGUUCAAGAGCAUAUAACAAAGAACGAGGGGCGCACACUUCCAUUUUCUCUCAAGGGUGUGAGUGUCCAUUAUCCUUUUAGCUCAACCAUUAUAUUUUCAUGCUUUCUUCCAGGAUCUUGGCUAAAGAAAAAGGAUCUUAA